AUGGCUGCUACUGGUGCUGAUAGCCCCUUGGGCUCAGACAAGGGUCUCAGGAACAAAUACAAGAAGUUCAAAGUGUCAUUUGGCAGCACGGGCACUGGGGUGAUGCCAACUGAAGGGAGUCAGGCAAAGAACCUGUUGGAUGCAGCACUUUUGGAGCUGCCAUGGUACAAGGAUCUUGAUACCAUCUGGCACUCCAAUCCUUCAAUGGCUGCGACCACACACUUGUCAAAACUGGGUGUUGAUCACACCAGCACCCUGUAUUCCCUCGUUCAGUCGAACAGCGGGGCCGGUUCCUCUACAUACUUUGGUGCCACUCAGCAGUCCUCCCAUCCCUCCAAUGUUCAGCCAUCGUAUCCCCCCAAUGUUCAGCUAUUGCAUCCCCCCAAUGUUCAGCCAUUGCAUCCCCCAAACUUAUCAUAUCCUGCGCCCCUGCACUAUGCCCCCCCUGUACCUCCUAAUGUGAAUAUACUUGCUGGCGGCCAGUAUCCACCAGCAGUGCUGCAACAACCCCCUCCUGCUCCAUCCUAUCCCCCUCCCGAAGUCCAUCUUCCAAGCCUCUCAUCAGAUGACGAUGACACCAAAAAUAAUUUUUCAUUUGAUAGGCACCUGGGGGAUCCUGGUGAGGAUGACAACAUGAUACUCAAUAAUGCUUCCCCAGUUGUGGGGAAGAAAUGUCAGCUCCCCUCAAUGCCAUCUCCUCCUCCCAAUGUUCCAGAACCAUUUGAGGUACUAGCAAAAACUCCGGCAUCGGCAUACAACAGCCAUUUGGCAUUUAGGGCGCAGAAGCCCUCAAGCCAUGGGAGCCGAUGCAGACUGCCAUUGGAGAUGUCAUGCAGCACGUCGACACCAUCAUCGACAAUGCGCAACACUACCUCGUCAUUGGACUUCCACAUGUCCCCAACACCUACACCUGAGACCUCCCUUCCAAAUAGCGCUGGCAGCUCAAAGAAAAAGAAGGCAAAGUCGGACAUGUCACAGCAGGUGGCACAGGUGAGAGAUGAGAUUGAGAGCAUGCACUCGGACACGAUGUCGUGCCAUGACAGCAAACACCUUCGCUUCCUCACAAAGUUCAAGGUUAAAAGCAAGCAUAGUCACAACACUAAAAAGUAUGAGUGGCUUCGUUCCAGCCGUAAGCACGAAGCCUCCCAAGUCACUGUCACCCAUCAGUGCAUGCAAGAGAUGAAAGCCACUGAGAUUUGCCUUUGUGAGACAGACAUUCGCGUCCACCAAGCACAUUCAGAAGUACUUGACAAGGAAGCAGAGACUCUGUGA